CUGGAGUUGACGUAUCGUGACGUCCUACGUCACGUUUCAAAUGCCCGGGAAUGGCGCGAGGAGGAAGAAUUAGUGCGGAGUACGGACGUCAAAACGUCUGUUAGGUGUACAGAUAAAGAAGCACACAAACAGGAACAUGACAGACCUGGAGGACAUGAGCUGCUACAUUUCUGACAGGAUAUCAUCCUUACAACGCAUGCUUGACCUGUCAGUUAUUGAAUUUCCUCAAAAUCAGAUAAAGAAGCUCAAAGUAGAGAUCUUUGCGCUUGAGAAACUUCUGGAGGAGUUUGAAAAGUAUGUUGACCAACAGAAAGAGCAACUGAAGCAUCUAAAGGAACUCGAGAAGUUAUUCCAGAGGAAUGUGGAAGAUGCCCAGCACAUUAAGGAAAACAUACCUACGCACAUGCCUAAGAAGAAAGGCCUAGUCAGUGGAAAGGAAUCUGUAAUGAACCAGAAGGAAGCAGCAGACGUUCAGCCAGCCCAACCAUCCCAACCAGAAAAUAUUAAAAAGACCAGCAAGAAGUUUGUCAGAGAAAUGGAGUUUAUCACUAUGACAGAGUUUGAGAGCAUCCCUCAGUACAUGAAAGGACGUGUGACAUAUGACCAGCUUAAUGCAGCAGUAAACAACAUUAACACUGCCAUGACAGCCAAGUACAAGAUAUUCAAUCAGUCAACGAAAACUCUCAACAAUAAUGCACGCAAGCUGCACCAGCGCUUUAAGGACCAGGAGACCAAACAAACAAAAGGUCAGUACUUUGUUGUGGAGGAUGACAUACGUGAUUUUACCCAGAUGAAGGUGGACAAACGAUUUCAGGGGAUCCUGAACAUGCUGCGACAUUGCCAGCGCCUACGGGAGCUCCGAGGGGGAGGACUCACCCGCUAUGUGCUGUUAUGAAAAGGAACAAGAAGAGGGGAGGUUUUCACAGGGUAAUGUUGCGGAGGAGAAGAAAAAAAAUCCUUAAACCUUUCAGCAAGCCAAUAUUAGACACAGGUAGACAAUUAUGCAAAAUACAGGAAAUUAUAUUUGCUAUAAGGGGCAAUGCAAGCUUUUAAGACCAAGGAUGUUUUCUUUUUCCAUACAAAAAACAUCAUAUUCAUUGUUUUUUUUUGUUGAAUAAAUGAUCUAAAAAUG